CAUUAACCACUGCGCCACGACGGGAACUCCUAUCCAAAUACUAUUUUAAAUUAGAUGUCUAAGUACCAUUACUUGUCUCAAAAGAGAAGUUUAUUCUUUUAGUUUACUAUUAUUUCUCUUAACCCUCAACAUAAAUCUGUACAGUAGAAAAUAAUUAUCACAUUUUGCUGGUGACAAGCCUGACUUAAAAGGGUGAAAUAACAUAUUCAAAUCCCACAAUAGCGAAUGGCAGGGAAGUCUUUCUUUCGUGACCCUAAUUCCAUAACUUGGAAAACACCCUAAUCUCAUCUACAAAUCAACAAAUUCAGCAAACAUUUAUUGAAUGCCAAUGAUGAACAAAACUUACUAUGUGCAAGGCAGUAAACCAUUCUCACAAGAGAACACAAAGAUGAAAAAGACAAGAUCCUUGUAUUCUUGGAGCUUACAAUAUAGUGGAGAAUACACACACAGACACAAAGACAUACUCAUAUAUAAAACCUGGAAUUAAGCUGACAAGCUGUACGAAAGACGUGCUAUGGGAACAUAGGGUAGAGAAAAAAAUUCCAACUAGGAAGAUCUGAGAAGGCUUCUUGGAAAUGGGAACUGACAUUACAUGGUAAGAAGAAGAUAGGGGAAAGGAACCCAAAGGUCCUAAGGCAGAAAAGUUCCAGCCAUUGCCUACAUUUACUGGAGAUAUUGGUGGUAUUGUGGGAGAUGAUGCAAGAAAGGUAGAUGUUAAAAUCAGAGAGAGCUUGCCUGUGAGCUAGAAAACUUGCAACUUAAUUCUAUGUGUAAGGAAGAUCCUUUCAGGGAUUUGGAGCAGGGGACAAAUAUCAGCUCAAAAUAAAUCUUAUUGGUUUUAAUAAAAGCUUUAUCACUUGAUCUCCACUGUUUGCCUAGUGAAGGACACUUCUUGGGUGUAAAUAAACAUAUUCAAUGAAUGGACCGGUGGGGAAUAGACUGGAGGUUGAAUGAUCAGUUAGCCUAUUAUAAUCCUUCAGGAAGAGGGCAGAUGUAAUCAACACUGCAGAGGAAAACGACUCUCUUUGAUAGUUGGAUUUGGGCAUAUGGGAAAGGCAGGCUUUGCUCCACAAGGAAGGCAGUAACAUUGGGAAUAAGAUGCAUGUGGGAGGAAUGGGUGGUUUGAGGAGAAUGGGCAUAGGGAAAGAUUCUCAGUUCUGUUUUGGAUGAUGUUGUGUUUGAAGUGUUGGCAGUAAAAGGACUUUUCAGUCUAGAGUGUUCAUGAAGGAGUCCUCUUUUCUUUGAGGCGUUACCAUGUUCACAUGCCUGACUUCAUACAUUGUUCUAUACAGAUUUGUAAUCAUUUUGGUUUGAUAUUUUCCUUACCUUCCUUAAAAUCAUGAAGAAGUAACUUAGGACCCUAUGCAAGAGCUACCCUACAGAGAAAGAGAAGGGGAAAAAUGUGCUAAAUGGUUGAAGGUGAAGUGGUCUGAUUUUCAUCUUUCAGCUGGGCAAACUACCCGCCAUCUUCCACAACUGGGGAAUAAAUGGAGAAACAGUUUAAAGGACAGAUGUUUUACUUAGAAAUCAGCCAGGAAAAAACAAUAUGCAUGUAACAAACUACUGAAAAACAAGCCAUGUAACCAGAGGUGAUGCACUUUGACUGCUUUUCUGAUCGAGGCUUUUACACUGCUAGAACGUUUACAAGUUGGGUUUUUGGGUCCUGUUGAUAGUCUUGAGUUAUAAAAGGACUCAUUCCUUACCCCGCGCUAUUCAGAACUAUGUAUUUUGGGGAGAAGGUAGGCUCAGAGAGAUUAUCAGUCCAGGACACGAUGGCCUCUGUCUCUUCCUUUUCCCUCGCUCCUCCUCAGUGUCGAUACCCUGAAAUCUGCCUUCAUCCAAUUUCCCCAUUGUCUGUCCCCCGUAGGCUGCAGCUGGACACGUUCCCUGCAGCCUGGCGCUUUCCCCAACCUCCACCUGGCGGGGCACGUGCCCGGGGACCGUUGGAACAAACACCAACGGUCCCCUUUGUCCAGUAGGGCGCGCUCAGGGCGGGUCGGGCUGCCGCGCGGGAGCCGGGAGCGGGAGCCCGGCGGGCGGCGCGGGGGAAAGGGGGCGUCGGGGGAGGGGUGGGCGCGAGCCCGGGCGCGGAAGCGGGACCAGCCUCCAGACCCGCGGGAGGAGUCCUAGGGACUUGACAACGGACCAUUGGAGGUGGGAAUGGGGAGCUCUCCAGUGUGCCUUUCUGAAAAGCAAUUGAAAUCAGUGAAGUAGAAAAAGCAAGUCACAAAACCGAUAAGUAUAGUCAGGUCCCAUUUCUCUAGAAAGGUUCACAGCGCCAAAUUACCGGUGUGCUUGUAUGUAAAUACACUGGGAAAGUUCUGAUGGGGAAGAGAAUAGCUUGCGAAAGAGGAUAGAGGAAGCUUUGUACAUUGUACAUUUCUGAGAUACUUAACGGUAAUAUUAUUUAGGCAAGUGUGAUCAUGUAAUUGAAGAGAAAAAUCUGCAUUUGGGAAGCUUAAGCAUCCUUUUGCUUCCCAUGGGUAGGGACCUGCUCAGACUCUCCUACACUGGCAAGAGAUGAGCUCAAAAAAGCUUCUUCCUAUUUUCUUUGCUCCCUUCUCUGCUGCUCCACCUGUUUUCCCCAGUAAGAGAAACCUUCUUACUGGAAGUCUUCCAAAGUGGUCUUUGGACUUUGCCCAGGAGUCUUCCUCACAGCUUUCCUCAUUACAAAUCUAUCUGCAAAACCCACUCUCAAAGAGGAAAUAUUUUGAAGUUAGCAAAUUGCUCACUGGCACCUGAACAUUUGAAUUUCCCAUUAUUCCUAAAAUAUAUCAAGAUAAAAUGUUUAUGGAAUAUACCGACCUUCUCCUAAACAAUUGUACUAUAGUUUUUCUAUUAGUAUGACUGCAAGAUGUUAAAUUUUCAUUUUAAAUUAACUUGACUUAAAAAAAGUUACAAAAAUGAUACAGACAAUCCCAUUAUAUCUUUUACCCAGCUCCCCCAAAUACUAACAUUUAACAUAACCAUAAUACAACAAUUAUAACCAGGAAAUUAACAUUACUAUUACUCUGUUAACUAAUCUACAGAUAUUAUUCACAGUUCUAUAGUUAUCCAACAAAUCUUUUUUUUUUUUUUUUCUGGUCUAGGUUUCAAUCCAGGAUUUCAUAAUGCAUUUAAUUAUUAUGUCUACUUAGUUUCUUCUCAUCUGUGGCAGUUUCUCAGCUUUUGUUGUGACACUUUGGAAGAGUACUACUGGCCAGUUAUUUUGUGAAUGUCCUUCAUUUUAGGUUUGUUUGGUAUUUUCUUAUUAUUCAAGUUACACUUUUUUUUUUUUUUUGGCAAAAAUAUCACAGAGUGUUGUGCCCUUCCCAGUACAUCAUAUCAAGAGGCACAUGAUAUCCAGGUGUCAUUAAUGGUGACAUUAAUUGAUUACUUGCUUAAGGUGGUAUCUGCCAGGUUUGUCCAAUGAAAAGUUGUUAUUUUUCUUUUUUUAUUUAAUUAUAGGAGGCAGGCCUCCUUAUCGAAUGCACACCAAUUUUAGCAUUCAUGAUUCCUGACUGGGACAGUUAGUGUGUGGUGUUUCCAAACAGUGAUUUUUUUGUUUUCAUUAUUCUGAUGUUAAAUUUCAAUCUGAAUAUUUAAAUGCAUAACAACUUCUGGGAAAGGAAGAUUUUGACUAAUACUUUUCUACUUCACACUAGGGGGAGAAAGCAUUUGGAGGCUGUGAAAUAUGCCAUGGAGUUAGUGGCUAAAAUGGAAUUUAUGAAUGUAUUAUUUACUUCCUGAAUUCUAAAUGAAUAAGUCACUAUUCUUAGUACUUGUCAAGAAUAUGGAAUCUAAAAUCCCAAUUUACAUGAAUUUACAAGUUUAUUAAUUGAAUUGUUUUUUAUUACUCCUGUGUUUGUAACUCAUCAGUGGGUAAAUAUAAAGUGGUAUUUAAAAAUAGAACAAAGAGAAAACAGCUUUAAUAGUAUUUCAAAUGUAUUGCUAUUUUUAGUAGCUAUUGCAAAACUAAUCCUUUACAUCAACAAUACAUCUGACUCUCACCCAAUGAUAUUUCACUUUAUUUAGUCUCAAUGUUUGCUGAAGGGAUUUACUGGAAGUUGGAAUGAGUAUCCUUUGAAUACACUGCAAGGAAAGUAGACUUCUUUGUGGAUGAAAUUUAGAGAUAAUAAUCUGAGGGUUACUUGACUAGCAAGCAUUUUGAUAAAUCUUGUUUGCAUUUAUUUCCCCUAAUCUUUAUCAUUACAGAUGGAAAACUGGUCCAAGAUUGGGUCUUAGCCUCGAUGCCAUUUUUCUUUCUUUCAAAGUAUGAAGAAAAGCAGGAGAGAAUUUAGAUUUUUUUUUUUAGAAAAAUCACUCGUUUGAUUGUCUGAUAUCUCUGAACCCUUGCCCCAGAAAAAGACGCAAAUCCAUGUAUUGCAUUAGGAGCAAAAGCAAUCCAAUGUCAGUUGGGGGUGGGAGGGGAGCAUUGAGGGGUGCGGAGACAAGGGAGGAGGUGAUGAGGUGGGGAAAGCAAGCUGCCAGACCGUCAGAGGUUUCCCAGACAGUUACCCCGCCAUAUGGCAGCUCAGGUGUGGCUGCUCUGGCUCCACAGCCCAUCUGGCUCCGUGUCAUUUCCCUCCAAACCCCUCCUUCGACCAACCCCCAACAUCAUCCUCUGCUUUACCUCUUAGCCCCCAGUCUGCUCAGCUUUCUUGCUAGCUCUUCACUCCUUAUCAGGCUUUCCCUCACUUGCUCUUUCAUCAACUCUCACCAUUGUUUGAGAAGAAAGCACAGAAACUCAAGUGAGAGAACCUGACCAUUCCCAAAUGGUUAGAGCAAAGAAGAAAUUCUUGAAUAAACAUGGCAAUUCUCCCCCUUCUUAUCAGCAUAGAAAUCUUGCCCAUUUGAAAAUAGAUGAAGAACACGCUGGGGGAACGCGCCUAAAAUCAAUAGCUUAUGCAAACGGUGAUCAUCGCCAAAGGAGAAAAGGCCGCAGAGUUACUGCACCUCUCCGAUGCCUCAAAGGCAGGACGAUGGGGUUGGAGGAAGAGAAGUGAAAGCCGAGAAAAAGGCCCGUUAUUACGAAACAUUUUUGUUUCUAAAAUGGAAAGAACGUGAAAUCCCAGAACCCGCUUCUUGGCCCGCCAACCCCCCUCGCCUUCCGUCGCUGUCCUGCCCUCCGCUCUCGGCCCAGCCCAGGCCCGCCACCGCUCGCGGCAAAGCUUGGCGCUCCAUUGCGCGCCUCUGCGGACAAAGAACAGGAGGCUGCCGGGUCCAGCCAGCAGCCGGGCGGGAGACAGGCGGAGGCGCGCGCUGGGGGAAUCCCUCCUGGGUUCUGACGUCACCGCAGCGCCAGCCAAUGAGAAGCCGGAGCGGGGGAUUCCCGCUCCCGCUGCCGCCCAGCCGGCUUUUUAAACAGUACCCUGGGGAAUGCUCUCUAGGAGAGGUGGGAGGAGUAGGGGGAAAUGGAGGUUAAGGAUGAAAUGUGAUCGUCCUGGGGGACAAGACAUCCGAGGUUUGACGAUUAAGCAUCAAGACUGGCUUAGACCGGGGGUGGUGGGGAACCAAAAGCUGUCGAGGAGAGGCUGAAAUCCAGGUAGGGCAAAGUCCUCCAGAGAUGGAGUGGAAACUGGAGCGCACCGCCCGGAGGAGGAUCCGAACUGAAGAAGAGAUGCUGUGGGAGGAUGUCAUGAGGGUGCUCGCCAAAGACAUGAAGCAGAAGAGAGGUCAAGGUUCUCCCAAGGUAUUUGAUGUAGUUAAUACUACAUAUUCUAACUUCAAGAGCAACUUUGCCAAGAGACUAUCGGCUGAGGUUCCUGUUGCCAGUAGCCCAAUUACCACAAGAUGGCGGCAAAGCCAAACUAGGGAUGUGGCAGCCCACUCCUUUGGCGAAGAGCAUUCAACCACAGACCUCGCAGAAACUGUGCUGAGGAUGACUCCUGAGAAAGAGACCUUGAGUCCAGGAUCCUACAAGGAACCACUGAAGAACCCCAACAAAGGAAGUUUUGAAACAAGUAACUCUGCUUUCCAUUUUUGCAAGGCAUCUCAUGCACUGGACAGGGGCUGGAAGGAAAAUGUUGCCUCAACAGGCCAGAAAUGCUUAAACCAGCUAUUUUCGACCCAGAAGGUGGCUCAGCAGGUUAAUGGGAAAAUGCAGCUCUGUGAGCAGCCCCAGUGCAUUUGGAAAGGCUGCAAUGAUGGAGUAAAAGAUGGGUACUUCUACAUUCAAAGUUUCAGUGAUACAAACUAUUCCAUACUCCAGCCAGAGGUGAAGAUUCAUCUUACUGGUCUUCGAAAUGACUACUAUCUAAAUAUUUUGGACUGGAAUUUUCAAAAUCUUGUUGCUAUAGCCCUUGGAUCUUCUGUGCACAUCUGGAAUGGGGAAAGCCACAGUGGUAUUGAAAAUAUAGAUUUAAGUCUCACUUGUAACUAUGUAUCUUCUGUGUCUUGGAUUGAAAAAGGAAACUGCCUGGCAGUUGGCACCAGCGAGGGAGAAGUGCAGUUAUGGGAUGUGGUCACUAAAAAGCGGCUGAGAAAUAUGCUCGGUCAUUUGUCAGUAGUUGGGGCUCUGAGCUGGAAUCACUGUAUCCUUAGCAGCGGGUCGAGACUGGGCCGUGUUUAUCAUCACGAUGUUCGGGUAGCCCAGCACCGUGUUGGAACUCUUCACCACAAGCAAGCUGUGUGUGCCCUGAAGUGGUCGCCAGAUGGCAGGCUGCUUUCCAGUGGCUGCAGUGACGGGCUGCUGACUAUAUGGCCCCAUGAUCCAGGUGUGACUGCACAGGGUCACGCACUAAAAGUCAUACCCCAACCCACAGCAGUCAAGGCCGUGGAUUGGUGUCCCUGGAAAUCUGAAGUCCUUGCUGUUGGAGGAGGAAUGAAGGAUGGACACUUACACAUCCUGGACAUAAAUACUGGGCAGAGCAUCCAGACCCCAAGCACAAACUCACAGAUUUGUUCUCUUGUCUGGCUACCAAAGACAAAGGAGAUUGCAACUGGCCAAGGUUCUCCUAAGAAUGAUGUGACUGUGUGGGCCUGCCCUGCUCUGGCCAGGUCACGUGGGUUUUUUGGCCACAGAGGCAGAGUGCUGCACCUGGCUUUGAGUCCAGACCAGACCAAGGUGUUUUCUGCUGCAGCUGAUGGCAUAGCCUGUGUAUGGAAUUGCUGCUAGUCACUCAGCCCCUCUCAGCCUCAGCUUCCUCAUUUCUAAGUGAGAAUAGUGAUGUUGGCCUUGCCUUCUCCAUAGUGUUGUCAUGAGGCUCAGUUGAUGUGCCUUUCCUGAGGUGAAUGCCUGACCCCCUGAUCUUCCUUCUCAGGUUACUUUAUUUGCUCUGCUUCAUCCCAUUGCAUUUCCCAGAUGUUGUCUUUGACUCUAUGCUUCUCUCUCUGCUUUCCUCCUCCUCCUCCACUGCUUCCUCCUCCUCACCUUUUCUUCUUCUCUCUCUGUCUCUUCCUUGUUAGAGAUGCAUUUUCACUGGUAUAGUCACAGUAAUAUCUGCAACAAAGAUUUCUAAACAUUUCUUUCCCACUUGUCAUUUCUCCUAAGUGCCAGCUUCAUACUUCUCUCUUCCUCUGGUUAUUUCUUUCUCAAGAAAAUUUUAUGUCUUUAGCUCAAACUCAAUACAUCAAAAACACAGCUUAUUCACUUGAAAAAUAUUGAUUAAAGUGCUACUCUAUGUUAAGCAUGCAUAUUCUUUCCUCUCAAAAUGAGGUCUUCUGUGGGAUACUCUUUCUCUUCUUCAUGCUCCCAUGCCUAUCCUGAUUAUCCCAUCACUCAGGGAACCUCCUGAUAAUUCAAUUUACCCCUUGUUCUCUGUUUUUUUGUUUCACCCUGGUCAUGUCCUGGACACCUGCUAAGCAGUUUGUGGUCAUUUCCUUCUAACUAGUUCCCUGUCUUUAUUCUUCAUGGGUUUCCAAAUGACUGGUUAAAUUUCUUUUUUUUUUUUUAAAUGGAUUUU